AUGAAUCAAAGAUGGAUCUAUUAGAAAAUGAUUAUUCUAAAUAUUUUGAAAUUAAAUAAACAAGAUAGUACACUUUGUUAAUUAUAGUUAGAUGAUUAAAAUACUUAAAAAUAAUUACCUUAUGAAUUCUAAAUUCUUAAUUAAAAUUAAUCUGAAUUAUCAUCAUAUUUAGAAAGAAGUGUUACAAAAAUUCAUGAAUUUGGAUAAUACAAAGAAAAUUUGUUUUUUUAAUUCUUAGUAAUUUAUCUUGGUUGUACAAAAGCUGAAUAAUUAAGCAUUAUUAUACUCUAAAGGAUCAUAAAAUACAAGAAAUAUUUAAACAUGAGAAUUAAAUAUUUACUUUUCUUCAACAAAAAACCCAAGAUGGAUUUAACUAUUUACAAUCAAUUCAAAUAUAUUGAAUUUAUGAAGAAUUAUUAAAUAUAAUUGGAAAGGUAUUGACCAUGUGAAUAGUGUUAAAGAAAUGAUAAAAUAAUUAGAAUAAAGAGAGGCUGAUAUUUAUAGAAUUAAGACUUUGAAAUAGUAAUUAAUUAGACGUAUCGUUAUGGGUGAUGAUAAAUGGAAAAUAAUUAAUUAAUUUGAACAGCAAUUUUAUAUUAUGAAUAUCAUUUUCAGAAAUCAAAUUAUUUUUGGGAACUUUAUUUUCAUUAUUCUUAAUAUUGCAUUUCUAUAAAAGAAUUUGAAAAAUCUAUGGAAUUGGCAUUAAUAGCUCUAAAAUUAGUGGAUAUUGAUAAUUAUAAGAAUUGUAACAAAAGUAAAUAAUUAUGAUAAAUCUAAAGAAAGAAUUUCAAAAAUUUUCUAAUUAAUUAUUAAAAUCAACUCAAAUGAAUCUAGAUUAUAUUAUUAUAAUAAUUACAUUCAAUUUUUAAAUUAUUUUUGAGAAAUAAUUCGGCUGUAAAUUUAGAAUAAAUUGAGAAAAAACUAUCUAAUUAUGCAGAAUAAGAAUAAGAUAUAAUUUAAAUAAUAAUCAGUUCUAUUAAUAAUCAGUUCUAUAAAUUCAAUUAUUAUUUAGUGCUAAAUAUUUAGCUCUGAUUUAGCAUUUGUUAAUAAAAAAGGAUAAUAAAUUAAUCAAAUCUAUCAAUCUUGGAUUCUUAUGUUUAGAUACUUAGGAUUUUGAUCCUUAGCUAUUUAAAUUAUUUUUAAAAUAUGUUUACAUUUAAAAAUAAUUGAUGAAAAGUGAUUCUGAACAAUAAUAAUAUCUUUCAGAUUUGGGUAAAUUCAAUUAAAAUUUUAUUAUUUAUGAGGAUAGACUUGGAUUAAAAAAACAGGAAGUUUUACAUAUUUAAAAUAGUUAAUGGUAAUAUUGA